CUCGCGCCUCCCGCGCCACCACCACCCCCGGUCCAGGGAUAUGCCUUCAAGCCCCCGCCCAGGCCCGACUUCGGGACCUCUGGGAGAACCAUCAAGCUGCAGGCCAACUUCUUCGAAAUGGACAUUCCAAAAAUUGACAUCUAUCACUACGAGUUGGACAUCAAGCCAGAGAAAUGCCCGAGAAGAGUGAACAGGGAAAUAGUGGAACAUAUGGUCCAGCACUUUAAAACACAGAUCUUUGGGGAUCGGAAGCCAGUGUUCGAUGGAAGGAAGAACCUCUACACAGCGAUGCCCCUUCCGAUCGGGAGGGAGAAGGUAGAGCUGGAGGUCACGUUGCCAGGAGAAGGGAAGGACCGCAUCUUCAAGGUGUCCAUCAAAUGGGUGUCCUGUGUGAGCUUGCAGGCAUUACACGAUGCACUUUCAGGGCGGCUGCCCAGUGUCCCCUUUGAGACGAUCCAGGCCCUCGACGUGGUCAUGAGGCACCUGCCGUCCAUGAGGUACACGCCCGUGGGCCGCUCCUUCUUCACUGCGUCCGAGGGCUGCUCCAACCCCCUGGGUGGGGGCCGGGAAGUGUGGUUUGGCUUCCAUCAGUCUGUCCGCCCUUCUCUUUGGAAAAUGAUGCUAAAUAUUGAUGUCUCAGCAACUGCGUUUUAUAAGGCACAGCCAGUAAUCGAGUUUGUUUGUGAAGUUUUGGAUUUUAAAAGUAUUGAAGAACAACAAAAACCUCUGACAGAUUCCCAAAGGGUCAAGUUUACCAAAGAAAUCAAAGGUCUGAAGGUGGAGAUCACACACUGUGGGCAGAUGAAGAGGAAGUACCGUGUCUGCAACGUGACCCGGCGGCCUGCCAGCCACCAAACGUUCCCGCUGCAGCAGGAGAGCGGGCAGACGGUGGAGUGCACGGUGGCCCAGUACUUCAAGGACAGGCACAAGCUGGCUCUGCGUUACCCCCACCUCCCGUGCUUGCAGGUCGGCCAGGAGCAGAAACACACCUACCUUCCCCUGGAGGUCUGUAACAUCGUAGCAGGGCAGAGAUGCAUAAAAAAGCUGACCGACAAUCAGACCUCAACCAUGAUCAGAGCGACUGCCAGAUCGGCACCUGAUCGGCAAGAGGAGAUUAGCAAACUGAUGAGGAGUGCAAGUUUUAACACGGAUCCGUAUGUCCGGGAAUUUGGAAUCAUGGUCAAAGACGAGAUGACAGACGUGACGGGGCGGGUCCUGCAGCCUCCCUCCAUCCUCUACGGGGGCCGGAAUAAAGCAAUUGCCACUCCUGUCCAGGGCGUCUGGGACAUGAGGAACAAGCAGUUUCACACGGGCAUUGAGAUCAAGGUGUGGGCCAUCGCCUGCUUCGCCCCCCAGCGCCAGUGCACAGAGGUCCACCUCAAGUCCUUCACGGAGCAGCUCAGGAAGAUCUCAAGGGACGCGGGGAUGCCAAUCCAGGGCCAGCCCUGCUUCUGCAAGUACGCGCAGGGCGCUGACAGCGUGGAGCCCAUGUUCCGGCACCUGAAGAACACCUACACGGGCCUCCAGCUGGUCGUGGUCAUCCUGCCGGGCAAGACCCCUGUUUACGCCGAGGUGAAGCGUGUGGGCGACACGGUGCUGGGGAUGGCCACGCAGUGCGUGCAGAUGAAGAACGUGCAGCGGACCACACCGCAGACGCUGUCCAACCUCUGCCUGAAGAUCAACGUCAAGCUGGGAGGCGUGAACAACAUCCUGCUGCCCCAGGGAAGGCCACCAGUGUUCCAGCAGCCCGUCAUCUUUCUGGGGGCCGAUGUCACUCACCCACCCGCGGGGGACGGGAAGAAGCCUUCCAUUGCUGCCGUCGUGGGCAGCAUGGACGCCCACCCCAACCGCUACUGCGCCACGGUGCGGGUUCAGCAGCACCGCCAGGAGAUCAUCCAGGACCUGGCCGCCAUGGUGCGCGAGCUGCUCAUCCAGUUCUACAAGUCCACGCGCUUCAAGCCCACUCGGAUCAUCUUCUACCGCGAUGGCGUGUCCGAGGGCCAGUUCCAGCAGGUCCUCCACCACGAGCUGCUGGCCAUCCGCGAGGCCUGCAUCAAGCUGGAGAAGGACUACCAGCCGGGCAUCACCUUCAUCGUGGUGCAGAAGAGGCACCACACGCGGCUCUUCUGCACGGACAAGAACGAGCGGGUUGGGAAGAGCGGGAACAUUCCAGCAGGCACAACCGUGGACACGAAGAUCACCCACCCGACCGAGUUUGACUUCUACCUGUGCAGUCAUGCUGGCAUCCAGGGAACAAGCAGGCCCUCCCACUACCACGUGCUUUGGGAUGACAAUCGUUUCUCUUCCGACGAGCUGCAGAUCCUCACCUACCAGCUGUGUCACACCUACGUGCGCUGCACGCGCUCCGUUUCCAUCCCCGCGCCGGCGUACUACGCCCACCUGGUGGCCUUCCGGGCCAGGUACCACCUGGUGGAUAAAGAGCAUGACAGUGCCGAAGGAAGCCAUACCUCUGGGCAGAGUAACGGGCGAGACCAUCAGGCGCUGGCCAAGGCGGUCCAGGUCCACCAGGACACACUGCGCACCAUGUACUUCGCUUGACGUGUUGUGUUUACGAUUGUGUGCCGAGUUGGAUUCACACGAGACCAGCGACACUCAGACCAACAGACGCCAGCCCUCCCGUGGCAGCCAGCAUUGAACAUGAGACGUCAUGGAUUUCAGCAGAUGCUCCGUUUUCCAGAAUGCCUUCUGUCCCAGAUUUCAAAGUCGGAUUUUGAACUGCAGACCUGUAUGAGACCCCAUUGUCGUAGGAAAUAUGGUUUGCCAAAAUCUAUGAGCUGCUUAUUAAAACAGAGUCCCGCGUUUCCUAAAAAAAUCUCCUAAAAGCAGUCUAUGAACUCAGGGCUUUAAAACAUUUUUAAUUUAUUUGGUCAUUCGAUUUACUUGUUUUUAACAUGAUUCUAUAUGAAAUUGAUGGGCUCAAACUAGCUGUGAACGUUCUCUGAGUGAAAGCAACACAAACACGAUUGUGGUUUUAAAGCCUUGACCAUUCUGAUGUCACUAAAGCCUAUUCCACAGUGACGCUCGUGUGCUCCUGACGUGGUUACACAGCUCUUCAGGACCCGCGGGCAGGUGGCCGUGCCGGGCACCCCCGGGUGUCCUGUCCUGCCACGGCCCUGCCUUUCACUCGGCUCAAGAAAGGGAGCGGUGGCAGCAGAGGCCACGUGCGUUUACAACAUUUCUAGGUCCAGAGAGAUUGGCAGACAAGUGCCAUUUUAAUAAAAAUUUAUUAAAAAAAAAAAAAAGAAAAAGACAAUAUGCCGACAGUCUAAUCGUAAGAUUUGUCCUAUAGGACUGUGACAUUUAUUUUCCAAAGUUUCUAAAGAAUACGGGUCUGUGGUGAUAAAUACAGUACAAUCCUUUUUCACUGUUAUGUCUUUAACGUAAGAGAAAAUAUAUAUAUCUGGUUUGCAGUAUUAAUGUGAUAGCUAGAUGCUGUUUUUCAUUUUAUUGACUACGGGGUGCUUCUUGUGAUCUGUUAGUGUUUUGGAGCCUGGAGACUGGACCGCCUCUGUGGUCUCGGUGCAAGUUCAGGAGUGCGGCUGACUUGCUGUGACGGCGACCGCCUCCCCUCGGUGAGACCGUCGCCUGCACCUUCAGCGGACGGUGCGCUCACGGCGGUCGCCUGCCGCCCUCCUGCCUCAUCCCGUGUGUUGCUCAGCCGAUUAAGCACAAAUGGAAUGUAUGUACCCUUCCCUCCCUGGGGAGCACGUCCACGUGUCGGAGUGCACUCUCCCUGUGUGGUUCUGUGUGACGAGCUCCAUGGGCUCUGUGCACUGAAACACACAGAAAGCUGUCAGUGGUGGCUCCGUGCUGAGCGAGAGGCCAGCCGUCAGCAACGGAGCCCUGCCCUCAGGAUGGCUGACGGGAGCCAGCACAGGGCCAGCCCCUCCUGCUGGGAUCUGCCUUCUGGGCCCACACGUGGGGCUGCCAACCCAGAAACCAUUGCACUGAGUGAUGCCAUGGACAACUUGGGAAGGGUGACAGCAGACAGCUCUGUUUGUGCUCAGUGGGCUCUGUCCUGUAGGCAGUUUUAUCAAGAGUAAAGUCCGCGUUCCUUGUAGAGACUCGAGGAAGGAGACGGGCCUUCCCCUGUGCUGCUUUGUGCUCUCUAGGUUUCCUGUCCCUGCUGACCACCCUCCCCACCCGGCCUGACACUUACCUCUGGUGCCGUAGUGAGCGAGCGUCCCGACGGCGAGGCCCGUGCUAGAGGGCGCUCCGCCUGCCUCCUCGUCUGUGCUCCGAGGGGCGAAGGGGGCAGGGAGCCGCACGGGGCUCCUGUGGACACUCAGCCUGGAUUUUGGAGGCGGUGACAAAGGGAUGGAUAUUAUUUGUGAAGCUAUCUACUCAGAGUGGUGUGUGCGUGUGUAAGUGUGUGUGUGCAUGUGAGUGUCUUAUCAGUGGCAUUCGUCUCUUCUUGCUGUAUCUUUCUUGUCUGUUUAAAUGACAGAAGCCUUUGCUCUGAGAAUUGUUGCAGUUCCCUGUCAUUCCGUUGGCAAGUGGCACUUUCUCCCGAGUUCAGGACACCAGUCCACUCUUGGCUUACAUCACUAGGAGCCUUCAAGCUGAGGAGGGGAUCUUUGCUCAUACACUCUUAAAUUAGGUCGGUUUUCAGCCACUUUUAGGAUCAUCUAAACCUGUUUGCCUCAGAGGUGCUUUUCUAGUGCGUGCGACAGGAUCGCGGGGGGCGGGCUGGUAGAAACGUGACUCCCAGGUCUCACUGGCAGCCGCCUGGUCCGAGCUGGAGCUUUCCGGAGAGGGUUCUCCCCGGAGUGCGGAGGGCUAGCAGCAAGCAGCGCCUGGCCAUGAAGUUCUGAGCUAAAACCUAGGCCAGAUCUCAGGCUGGCAGCAAACUACAUCUAAAUUCUUUAAAAAUUAUUUCGAAGGCAAAGUUUUCUUUUCAGUAGGCCAAAGUACUUUGGGAAGGGUACUUUUUGUAGCCCUGUGCUUGUUUUAUGAAACUUUUCAUACUAAAGGCAUCAGUCGACCGAAUGUCUCUGGCCAGGUUGGCUGCACACCUCUGUACGUGUCUGGUGGCUGUAGGUACACUCUCUCAGGUAAAUAACCAUUUCCCCAAAUUUCUACCAGUCCCUCAUUAUUAGGAUGAACUCUGAGUUCUGAGACAGCAUAAGACCUCACAGUGCAGUAGAAUCACGUGGAAGCCACAGGGGCUCCUGCUGUCCUCUGAGUGUCGUCCACCCAGGGCGGCCUCAGGCCAGGCUGAGGAGGGGCGCCCCCCACUGUUAGUGAGGUGGGCCUUGCUCGAAGCAAACCAUGUGGGAAUGAAAUGAUGUAGAAGUCGGGACUCGUGUAAAAACAGCUGGGAUUCAUCUCGUCUCUUUAAGAGCUCUCCCAAUUAAAUUCUUGUAUUAGGGUUCUUCGUAGCCUGUUUUAAAACGUUCACUUCGAGAAACACCCGCGUAUUCCUGUCCCUCCACCGCUAUCCAUUGCAUUAGUCAGGCUCCUGCCCUAAAGAGCCCUGGGAAGCCGUCAAAGUCGCCGUUUUGCGGAAGAGCCCUUUGGUGACCCCAGGACCCCACCCUGCUAUCCAUGUACCACAAGCUCGAAUUUCCCUAGUUAGACAAAUUCGGUAAGACUGGGCACGCCCGUACUUUUAGAAAGGGGUGGCUUUGUUUUGGUCUGGGUCAGGUUUUCUGCCUUGAGAAGCCCUCACACACACUGUGGGCUGUGUACUACACCGUAGGGCCUGCCUUUUCUCGUCCAGAUUGUGCCGCUUCUUGGCACUGUUCUCCCUCGAGUGACUGUGUGCACUCUAGACCCACAGAUGACCCCUGGCUGGGGCACUGGCCCCGGGAGGGAGCUGUUGGGAACCAAGCAACCUCUGUGCUGUUUGAAGUUGGCCAAAAUCACUGCUAUUCCUGAUGUGGCCCCCGGUUAUCAAGUGCAGCUAGAAGAGAGGAUGUCCGCUCAGUUCCCCACAGGGCGGGUGGGGGUGCUGACGCUGUGUUGUAUGUUGUGUUCACUGUUGUUAAAUGCAAGUGUUGCUGUUUAUUUUUGCCUUUCGGCUCUGGUUUGGUUUGGCCGAUGUUCCAGUGCAUGUGGUGCCUGAUGAUGGGAUAGAAAUCGUUUUGCCCAGCUUUCAUAAGUCACCUGACGGUUACCUUCAGGUUUGCUGGGUGAUAUAUUCUUGAAAGCCACAAACGUAACUUCUCUGGAUGAAUUGUUUUUCUCAUAUAUGCAGCAACAUAAUUUUACAUUGAUCUGUGGGGUAAUUUAAAUAUUUUUUUGCAAGGCAGUUUUUCAGUCAUAUUAUAUAUUUGAUACAAUACGUGAAGGGUGGACAUGUGGUUGGGACACCGGACUGUCCCUAGGAGGCCUAUGGGGCUAGGACGGCCUCUCUGCCCCACGUCGUGGAAGCACUUGGCUUGUUUUUAGAAUCCAUUAGGAGCUGGGCAGUUCUUCAGUGGGACUUUGAGCUGUUGGACAGUUAAAAGGAUUUGCAUGGGCAUUUUUCUACACACUAAGGCAGUUUUCCAUUAGGAGGAACUUUGGAAGUUGACAUACUCCAAACAGUAGACAAUCCCAGUGGCCCUGGCAAGCCAUAGACAUUUCCCUGUGACCUCUCUUUGACUAAUCUCUCACGCUCAUGAGAAAAGGAAUGUACAAUAGAGAAACUUCCUCAGUGUUCGUACGCCUCACUUUCAGAAUGCAAAUGUCUUAUUUAUAUUUUCAGUCCUUCCCCAAAGUAACCGAGACUAUUCUCUAGAUGCCGUGCUAGCUGCCUCGGCUGCUGUGACAUUUGUUAGUGUAGGCACUGUGCACGUGUGACCUUGUCAUGGGGCUGUCUGCGUUACACACAUACGCUGACUCUUUUUUGUAAGGAAAAUUUUCAACUCAAAAUAAUUGCACUGAUUUUGACAACUCCUUUUGUAAUUAUGUCCAACCUUGCAUCUGCUGUACUUGUCUGAAAGGGUUGUAAAUAGAUUAGGGUAGCAGAAGUGACAGGAAUCCCACGUUGCUUUGUUUCCGUGACACUGCCACGUUUUCCAGUAUUAUGUGCUAGAGCUGUGGACGAUUCUGUUCUUUCACCUGUGCCUGUUGACCGUUCAUGAAGGACAAAUUUGCCUCUCUUCUCGUUUUUCUAAAAGGCAGUUUGCAGUCUGUUGAAAGGAGAGUGUGAUCUCUCCUGAGGUCUGAAGGUUUAAUUUUAAGAGGAUUAAUUGCAAAUCCUUUGGUCGCUUUCGUGGUUUAAUUCCUUGCUAUUUGCCAUGACUCCUGAAAGCAUUUUCCCCUGGUUCUGUUCAGCAUUUGGCCGUGUGGCUAGCAAGCAUUUGUGUGGCCCAUGUUCAGUGAGAAUGGCGGCCUCCCGGUUUCUCCGGUCAGUCGUCAUUUUGAAGCCAUGUGGUCACUGUUGUGUCAAACCGCCAUAGAUGUAGAGACCCACAAUCCAGCGCUCUUUCUUUACGCCUGUGGCUUUUGCCAGGUUAGUCGUGUUUGCUCCAACCCCCUGUGUGUGAUUCUGUUUGUGGUCAGGCCGCCCACUGUCAGGCACACAAAGGAGUCUUCAACCCAGUCACUGGGCGCACGCAAAUCACGUCGAUGCCCUGACGGGGCCCUCCCUUUAUGCUUUUCUGGAUGUGUUUUGCCAUGUUACUGUCUACAGUGAAUGUAUUGGCUCAGCCAAAUCGCUACAGAAAGUGGUUUAUAAAUACCUUUUAGUUUAAAAAAAAGGAAAUCGGAUAAAGGCUACCUCUGAAUUCUCAGUAGAUUCAAGUUUGCUCUUAAGCGUAGCUGUCCACACUGAACUAGCCAAAAUAUCGCCCAAAUAAACUGAACUGUGAACAUCUCUGUUCAGUGCUGGCUUGAAAAUGUGUGUGCCACACUGUGACCCCUCGGCCUCCCGGCUCCGCGGCCUGGGAUUCUGAGUGGCCAGCGGGAAUGGACCGGGCUGGCAGGAGCGUCUCCGUGUGCCGGGGGCUUCUCACGUCCUGUUUUGUAAAAGAAAUCACUUUCUCUUAUUCUUGACUCACAAAUGGGCUGGAAAUUGCUUCUGUGAACUCACCAAGGGCUUGGACACUGACUCCCGAAAAUUAUACAAUUAAAACAGCCUCGCAGAUUGAACAGUGCUGGCAUGACUGACCUUUGACCCUGAAUCUUGUGUUCCCAUCACUCCCUACUUAACACAGACCUGAGGUUUGCAAGCAGAACGUUCUGUUCAAAUCGCAGGCCCUGUGUUUGAAUGGAACAAAGGGUCCACGGUGGCCACAGAAGUAGGACUUCCCACGCCUGGGCGUUGCAGGAAGCCGGUCCUGGGUGUCGGUCUGGACUCUGAGUGCCCCUUUGUGAUUAGGCCCUUUGCUGUCAGACUUGUUCCUGCCCACACGCUGCUGUGGGUCAGCCGCCCCCUCCUCCUCCGAGUCCUUCCUUUGGGCUCCUCAUGUUCUCUUGUCCUCAGAAGGUGAACGUUUGCUCCAAAAGGCCUACCUUGGUCUGCUCUUAAGUUCUGGAGGGACAAGUGUCUGGGUGUGUGGAGGGUUCUGCUCUCCUACUGGACGUGCUGACUUUGGACCAGAGAGGCUCAAGUGCGUCCUGACAUGGACGUGAUUGUCCUUAACCCUGCUGUUUUUGGGUCACGAUGCUUUUCAUGCUCCAUGGUCUCCUUUAACUCUGAAAGAGCUAAGUGUCCUUUGGUCUUUCUCAAAACAAUUGCACCAUCCACCCGAGAAGCGUAGGUGUUCAGGGCGGGUGCCCAUGUGUCUGCUGAGCUCCAGGGGGCCUCAUUUUCAGCCAGGAUCCCACACGGGCUGCACAGUGGCCCCUGCUCAGUCGGUCAUGGGGACGGACCAACUCGUAUCCAUCCCUCAGCCCAGAAUCAGAGGUGGCCCCUACCACGUUUGUGUUCCUGAAAGAUGGUUAAAAAUGAGAGAUCUGAGAUCACUGGUGCUUUUGUUAACACUUUUCUCUCUCAUUGAUGUGAAACAUUUUAGACGUGUGAGAUCCUUAAAUGCUCUGGGAUGGUCUGACCAAAGGGUUGAGUCCCCAUCUCACCCCACCCCUUUCUGGGGGAGGGGGAGUAGGAGGCUGAAUCGGCUCCUGUUUCCACCCCCCUUGGAUUUAAGCAGUGCAGAGUUAAAGCUGAAACACCAAAUACACACACACACGCACGCUCGCGUGCGACUCCAGGAACUAGAUAUUGAGGCCAGCCUGACGCAGCUCCUUCUGGGUCUUUAAGGUCCUUCACCCUGCGAGUUAACCCCAAGAACAGCCCGCACCACCGGGCCAAGGGGUGCAAUGCUUGGCCUGUGGGGGGGACCUGAGGCUCCUUGGAACUCUGGAGGUUGUGGAAACAACCCUGGGGGUGUCCCUGUCAGGACCAGACAGCGUGUUCUGGCAGACUCUGCCUCAGCCCCAGCCCCUGUGCCUUCAAAGUCUUGUCCUCAGUGUCCUCUCAGAACCACGUUGGGGCUGCAUUUUCAUUGGAAAGUAAGCCUGCACCAUCCCCAAGUCAGUCAUCCACCUUCUGCCUUCGACACCACUUCUCAGCUCCUGACUACAAACUGUGAUGCCCGUGUGUGCCGUCUUGUGUCAGAAAACGUGUCAGUCGCGUGGUUUCUCCUGAGUCCUGGCCAAGGCCACACCUGCAGGGACUCUAGGAGGACCAAUCCCUUAGUCAGGCACUGACUGUGACUGUAAGCAGGACCUGGUAGUUUUGUUCAGUCGCUCAGAGAGUAUUUAGUGUAGUGGAACUAGAUUUUCUCAAAGGAAUUGGAUCGGGUCUUUGUGGUGUGUGUGGCAUCCUCAGCUGUCCGGUGCUAUCCAGCCUGCUGUCCUUUCCCUGGAAGGCUUUCAUUCGUGUUGCUCUUCUGUGACGUUUGGGGAACUGCUUGCUUGGGUGUGGGUGCCACCUCGCACCAUGCACACAGGGCUCCAGUUUUGACAUGUCUAAAAUGCCAUGUGUAGCUCUCGCUUUUUCUGGCUGUGUAGUGAGCACUUUUCUUGGCUGAUGGUGUAAUUAAAAACCACCGUUCUGUGUGAAGGGAUGAUGUUAUUGGUCUUAAGUGGGGGAGAUAACCAAUGUUAUUUGUUUUACAAAUGUAUAGAAAGGCCUUCCUGAUGGCUUCUCCUGGCCCGCCCCUCGCCAGACCCCAACCCUCCGUUCUGAGCGCACUAGCCCUCCCUCGGUGAGGCCUGGCUGCAGGGGGACAACACAUUCGAAGCUUGGGUCCCUCUUCAACGCCAAAUACGCACCUAACUAAAAUCCUGAAAGUACAUAGUUUAGCACUAAGUUGAAAUUUGAGUCCUGAGUUUGGUAGUGGAUUUUAAUGUAGUUGUUGAAGGUGUGAACUCAUGUUUUAUAACUGUAGAGGCAAGUGAGUUUUUACUUUUUAAGAAGUUUUAAGAGAAUAAUUGUUAAGUUUCUGUGCAGCAAAGUGGCUAAUUACUCAUUAAAUACACGGAAAGAAUGUAGUGUCUACAUCCAGGAUUUCUUACCUCUGGUUCACUUCAGAUCACUUACCAAUAUGUACUGAGGGGUCUGAACCCUGAGUUUUAUCAACUUUUCUAGUUUUAUUUUAUUUUUAUAAAAUAAUUGAAAAAGAACCAAAAAUGAAUUCAAAAGGUCCCUAGGUAGAUCUUCCCCUUCUUAAUUUCCCCCCCAAUAAAACAUUUUAGAAGACAUUUUGAAUCAAAAUGUAUUAUGACCAUUUAAAGUUUACUGCUUUCUAAGAAGCGGAGCAGCUGCCGGGGCCUGGCCUCGGGCGGCACUCGCGCCGGGCUCGCUCCCCGGGGUCCGCGUGACCGUGUCCUGUGCUUGCGGUAGAAACCGUGCGGUGUGCUGUUUUGUAAAUCCACAGUUCCUGUGUCAACUAGUAUUUAUAUCUGUUGGCCUUUCUAUAUAACUUUUCAUUUGCUACAUGAAUUGUAAACUUAAUUAUAAAAUUACAGUCCCUGCUAAAUACACUUCGAGGCUUCAUGUCCGUGUCUUCAGUUCACUGCCAUCCUGUGUGUCUGGAGGGCGUCCAGCGCUUGCUCGAUGCUGGGUGGUGAUGCCACUUUAAAUUAAGCCUUAAUCAGAUGUUCAAUUUGUAAGUUUCAGAGUAUGCAAACCUAUUAAGCGGAGUGAGUUUAAACUGUCCCGAUCAAGAUGUUGUGUCAUAAAUCGACAAGUCCUUCCUCCGGAGUUGCAAAGGGAGACCUGCAGUGCCGCACGCCGCCCCACCUCUCCCUCCCCCUGCUCCCGCGGUGGCCAUUGCUUGAUGAAGACGGUCGGGUCAGUCAGUCAAGAGAGACCUGUUCUGAAAGUCUUGAGACUUUUCCAGGGUUAUUUUUAAAUGUUUGACUUUUUUCCCUCCAAUCUGAGAUUUAUUUAUGGCUGAUGGAGAGAAUGAUUUGGGCAUAAAUCUUCUUUGCAAACCUGCUCAUGUUCUAAGCUUUCUUCAGAUAGUGCCACCUGCCAUUGCUUCUGCAUAUGACUAAAUGGAUUUUUGUUUUUGUAAAAGCAUCUUAAAUUUACACAUAAAAUGGAGGGGACCCAGCUUUCUCUACAAUGUGGAUCUACCUCAGUUAAACAGUUGGGUGCUAUUUACUAAGGCUGUCAAAUUAAAUUGGAAAAAGUAACCAAACAGUGAGCUAUAACCACAUGAAGCUUGAAAUCAUAAUUUCCGUUUAUUUAAUAAUAUUUUUAUUUAUUUUGUGCCUUUUGUGUUGAAUCCUAAUGCAUUGGGGGAAAAAAAAACCAGUAUGGAAUUAAAUAUUUUAUAUUGCAGGUGGGGAGAAAAGCCCGAUUGGCCUUGGCAUUUGAUAGAUUCCCCCAGCCAACCACUAACAUAUUGGAAUCCCAACUGCCUUCUUGUGAAAGGGAAAAAAAUUAUGUCCAAGAGAAAAUUUAACAUUUUACAAACAAAUUCCAGACUCUUCUAUGCACAUAUUUAUAGCUAUCACUUCAUUUUCUGUGCCAGUGAAGGGGCAGCCAAAAACAACUCACGUGUCCUCUUGUCAUUGCUUUUUCGCCGUUCGGGCCCCUUCUUCCUCUGGCAUGUAAGUUUAUUUCAUAAGCAGCAAAUGGACUGUUGUCAGUUUCAUCUCUCCUGACCUGCUAGAGGUGGUCAUGACCAUGGUCAGAAGAAGGGGUGCUAGCAGGGCUGGCCGGGGAGGGAAGGCCUGCAUCAGCAGCGGCCCAGGGUUUCCGUAAGUCAGUAAAGCUUUCUGGCAGGUGAGAAAUCAGAGGUGAUGGACAACUUUCCGUGCUUUUAUAUUUGGCAGUUUACAAUUCUAAACUUUUCCUACUCUGGUGAUCUUUUUUAACUUAAUCCUUUUGAGGUAACACAGUAUUUUAGAGUCUUAAGAAUUUGAUUUUAUACCAUAAGAAAUAAAGAUUUGGGAUCUUUCCUGUAGUAUAUAGUUUUACUAUUUUAAAGAGAUCUCUGAAUUUUACAAGAGAGCCAACAUUCCUUAGUGACAAAACUUUGAAAGUUGAUUUGGGAGGGUUUCUGCUGCAGGAUCUUAAAAACAAUGGGAUGAUUCUGGUUAAAUGUCCUUCAUUUUAAACUCCCAUCAGGCCAGUCCUUGGGCUGUGUUUAUGAGUGAGUCACCCUUGAGCAUGCUGCAUAUAAGGAUGGGACUUGUUGCACUUUCUCAAUAAUAAUAAAUGCCCUAUGAUUGGCUCACCAGGAAGCAUUUUGUUUUUUACCUAACAGGAGUACUUUGGGGCAGGUGAUUAAAUUUAUAUAGGUACCUCAAGAAAAAGAACCUGAAUAUGCUGCAUUUUGUUCCUUUAGCUUUUCUAUGUAGCAUCUUGUUUUGCUCUUAUUAUUUUGUUUAGACAUAUGCUUUUUGGACCCCAAUAGACUGUUGAAAGAAAUUUUAAAAUUGCCCUUGUUAGGGAUUCAGUGUCCUUUUUUUCUUUUUUAACUUCACUAUCUGGUUCCAAGGUUGCCCACCAGUAGAAUAACACUUUACCCAACACACCUGAGAAGAAGGAUACCGUGCGCACCAGCGACAAGAAUGUUCCCAGUCCUUUCCGUUCAUGCUGCUUUCUUGACUCUGUUCUCCAUGCCAUCAGGGGGUAACUCGUUUCUAAGGUCAGAUUAAACAUCAUGGCAUCUUACACAUCUUCAACACAGACCUCACACAGUUGCCAUUGAGUAAGUAGCAUGACCCUAAAGGAGUUGCUGGCCUUAGGCAGCGGAUGAGUCUGGUCUCUCUGGAGAGCCAGCCAGUCUUCACACAUCUCCGUUCCCCAGCACGCACCCUAAACGGGACAGGUGGGGAGUGGUCUUAAUGGACAAAAGAUAAACUGGUGAAGAAAGCUAAAGGCUGAGACACUGAGCAUCUAUUGUCGUGUUUAAGCUUAGCUGGGUCCUUUCGAGUUUGUUUUACAGCUUACUAGGUUAAGUAGUUUGCACUAUUUUUGCAAUAAAUUCAUGGAAAUCCUAACAGUUAUUUGUUUUGUUUCUUACUGUGUGUAUAUAAACUAAUACUAAAAGUUUGGCAUAGUGUUUUUUCACCUCCUUACAUAACCCUUAACAUGCACAGAAUGCUGUAAAUCCGAUAAAAUAUGAUGUGAAUGAUAUUUUAUAAAGUUAUUUUGUAUGGUGUCAAUUUUGUUUUGCCUCAUAGUAUGUCAGCAAAAAAUAAAAUAAAAUUCCUCGUAUUUA